GGGGUCACAGCAGAGCUGAGGCUGCAGGCACCUUUAAUAUUUAAACCAGCUUGUCACCUGACCUAACCUGGAUCGUCUGCUCCGGCGAGGGCGGCUGCAGGAGAGACGGGCUCGGGGGUGGUGGAAGGGGUAGGAGCCGCCUACUGACGUCUAGAACCUGCUGUGCAAGUGCAGGCGGCGCUGCCUUCCCCUGGCAGGAGAGGGAAGGAGCCGGGCGGCCGCUGACAAUGUGCAAUGCCAGAGGAGCGGCCAGUCGGGCAGGCAGAGCCGGCUAGAGGCAGGCGCUGAGCCGGUACCUGCCGCCACCCGCAGCUGGCGGAGGGGCAGGGGCAGGCAGCCGCGGCGGGCUGGAGCAGGAUGUUUAAAGGUUAAGUGCCAAACACCAAAAUGAGUGUGACUUCGUGGUUCCUGGUGAGCAGCACUGGCAUUCGCCACCGGCUCCCUCGAGAGAUGAUAUUUGUUGGCAGAGAUGACUGUGAACUAAUGCUCCAGUCCCGCAGUGUGGAUAAGCAGCAUGCUGUAAUCAACUAUGACAAGGACAAAGAUGAGCACAGGGUGAAGGAUCUUGGGAGCUUAAAUGGGACUUUUGUGAACGACGUCCGGAUUCCUGACCAGAAAUACAUCACACUAAAACUGAACGACGUGAUUCGCUUUGGCUACGAUUCUAACAUGUAUGUCUUGGAACAAAUUCAACACAAAGUACCAGAGGAAGCAUUAAAGCAUGAAAAGUAUACUAGCCAACUUCAGAUGAGUUUCAAGAGCACCAUAAUGAAAAGGGUGGAGCAGCCGGUGGAACAUGGUGGUUAUACUGAAUCCCCGCAAGCAAAACUGGAGAGAGGAGAGAAGAAAGCAAUUACAGAGACAGCUCCUUAUCGCACACCCCUUUAUGGUCAGCCUUCAUGGUGGGGAGAAGAUGAUGCAAAUAACAAACUAGAAAGGCAGGAGGACAGAAGGCAAGAAGAACAUUAUUCAGAAAGAACGAAGGAGAUAUCCCAGCAUGAAGGGGAGAUCAAUGGUAACGUUAUUGCUUAUCGAGAUUCCCAGGAACAGUCUGUGUAUGCAUUCAGAAGAGAACCCAGUUAUUUUGAAAUCCCAACGAAGGAAUUCCAACAGCUGACAAAAUCUCCGGAAACACAGGUCCAUGAAAUCCCAACGAAGGACAUCAAUGCUGUGGUGCCACCCGUUGUGCAAAGCCAUGCCUCUUUUACCAUUGAAUUUGAUGACUGUACCCCUGGUAAAAUAAAGAUAAAAGAUCAUGUAACUAAGUUUUCACUCAGACAGAGAAGACCUUUCAGGAAGGAUGCGGGUCACACAGAGAUGAUGUCAGCGGAGAGCAAGGUGGCUGAUUGGCUGGUUCAGAAUGACCCAAGUUUGAUGAGAAGGCAGUCUCCUGGAGAUGAUGUGUACAGUACAAAGAGUGAUCUUCCGGUUCAUGUGAGGACACUGAAAGGUAACAGACAUGAAGACGGGACGCAGAGUGAUUCUGAAGACCCCGUUGCACCCACAGCAGAAAAGGAGACCACCAGCAAUGACCAUGCAGCGGAGCAAGCCAGGCUGCAGCGCCAGAUCAGGCGCGACCCCCAUGAAAUGCUGCAUAACCAGCAGGCCUUCGUCAUCGAGUUCUUUGAUGAUGACACGCCUCGUAAAAAGAGGUCACAGUCUUUCACGCACAGCGCACACUCCUCCCAGAGCGACACAGAUCCUGUGCCGAAAACCAAGGUGGAAAAGCGCAAAGCUGCCAUGCCUGCUGAGAAGCUUGGUAGCCCAGUGCCACCUCCUCAUCUGACUGCCCAGGCAGGCAAGCCGGCCAGCAACUCCUUGGGGACACAGAGAUCCAGCUCCUUUAAGAGAGAGAAGACAGAAGAUCGGAUCAGCUCUUCGUCAUCCUCUGCUUCAAGGCUGUCUGCAAAGAACUUCGGCAGCAUUGGGAGGAAGUCUAAAAUUGCUCAGGAUUUUGCUGCUGAGUAUUUAAGGGAGAACUCUCAAGCUGGAAAGCUUAGCGCUGAGAAGCCAGCAUUUCUGCAGAUGCCAGUGGCUCCCCGGGUAGUAAUAUCGUCUGCACCAGAUCCUGCCACCGCACCACCUACCGACCCAAAAUUGGUCAAGGCUAGGAAGCACGAUGAGGAGGAUAGUUUAAGUGAAACGGGCACAUACACCAUUGAGACGGAGUCACAAGAUAAAGAAGUAGAAGAAGCUCGGAAAAUGAUAGAUCAGGUUUUUGGCGUGUUUGAAUCUCCAGAGUUUUCCAGAUUAUCUUCAGCCUACAGACCUGUUAUAAAAGGCGAAAAGGAAGAACCAAGCUCUCACCAGCAUCUAAUCACUGAAAAUGGCACCAGUCAGAAGACACUUCUGCUCCAGGCGUUCCCUUCAAAACCCACUUGUGGGUCCCAGGCUGAGAUGCAGGUGCCUCCAGCAUCUCAAGGUAGUCAGAAAUGGGUCUCUAGGUGGGCAAGUCUUGCUGACAGCUACACAGACUCAGGGCUUUGUGAAGGUCAACAGCAGGGACUGGUAUCUGAGGGCCAUACAGAAAGUGGCACAGCUCAUAAGCCAGGAGAACCAGAGACCAUUGUGCCUUCAAGAACAAGAAGGCUUCUUCCCCAGCUCCCACCCAGUGAUAAAUCUGACAGCCCAACACCCACAGUUUUAAUUUGUCAAGACUCGUAUCCUGAUGUAUCCAAGAGAAACAUUGUAAAGGAACAAGGUAAAGAAACCUAUGGUGAUCCCAGCACCCGAUUGUUCAUCCAAGAGGACUUGGAUCCUGAUAGCCUGAGUGAUGCCAGCAAGUCCGACGAUGGCUUUGGUUUGGAAAAAGGAAAGAAAUGCAAAGAAAACACUAAAAUGCCUGAGCAAGAACGACGAAAGGGGGCAGAUUUAAAACCUGAGGUCCGACAGGCAGCAGCACCAGGGGUUUCAAGUAUCACAACUGUAAGUGAGCCAGUAUCUUCUUCCUUCUACAUUGGUGAUGAAACUAAUGAGGUUGGGAUUCCCUCCAAGCUUUCUCUAAGCAUGUCUCAUUCUCGAGCAGACAAAGAAUGCAAGGAUCAGGAGUUUCCUGUCAAGUCACCCAGUAUAGCUGCUUCUGGAAAGCCACUGGUCAAAGACGUUAGUAGCACUUACAUUAGCGCAUCGGGGAAAAUGGUUAUUUCCCUUCUUCAGAAUCUUGCUCAGGAGCAAGAAAACAUAGCCACAAAAGAAAUAUCCUCCUUCAUUAGGCAGGAAAGUUUUACCAAAGAUAAAUCAAGCGGCAUUGUUCCUGAGAAUAAACUUCCUCAUAUUUCAAGUCACCCUCUGCUUAAAGAUUUAGAUGUUGCACGAUCAAGCCGUAUGGACUACAAUCAAGACACUCAUCUUAUCCUUAAAGACACUGAAACUGCUUUGGCAGCACUGGAAGCCAAAAUACUUUGUCAAAACCACCAGCUGGACCUUUCAGAAACUAUUCCUGGGCAGCUAGAAGACUCCUUAUCUGGGGACUCAGAUGUGGACACGGCAAGCACGGUCAGCUUGGUUAGCGGUAAAAACGAGCCAAGCAGCACACCGAAAUUCCAAGUUACGAGCAGCUUGCAGAAGGAGAAAUCCUCCUCCACGCCCUCUAUCCAGGACCAGUGCAGCCAGCCCAGUGCUCGUGAAAGGCUGUCAGAAAAACGCAGGAUGCUUCCGCCUGAGGCAGGAAACAGAGGAGAAACCGCCAAACGUUUCCAAAUCAAGCGUAGUGCUGGGGCUCGUGGGUCACUGGAUUUUACGGAUGACGAAAGAAGCUCUAGUCUUCCUUACUUCCCAGUAACUGAAACGGCCUCCUCUGAUCACGAGCAUUCUGUUUCAAAAUCCAUCCCCAGAAGGAAACCUUUCACUCAGGCUAUGAAAGAGGAGCGCAGCAAAGUGACUGCAAACGUGCAAAAGAUCCAGCAAGUUCUCACCAGGUCCAACAGUUUAUCGACCCCCAGGCCCACGAGGGCGUCAAAACUCCGUCGCGCCCGGUUGGGAGAUGCAUCAGAUAAUGAAUGUGCCGACACCGAGAGAACCUCCAACCUCGAAGCCACAACUGCAUCUUCUAAACAAUCCGCAGAGUCUAAAAAGCUGUCCAGGCUUGACAUCCUUGCCAUGCCAAGGAAACGGGCAGGUUCGUUUACAGUGCCAAGCGACUCUGAAACUACACAGCCAAGAACUGGAUUUUCGGGGCGCAGUGUGGAGUCAUAUUAUGCAAAUCGGAAGCCACCUGUGUCAGAUGCUAGAACUGCAGCUAGAAAAACUGCAGCUGCUGCUACUACAAAGCAACCUUUCAGUAGAACUCGUUCUAGCAGUGUCAGGUAUUCAUCCACCUCCACUUCAAGGCGGAGACAGCAGGGUUCAGAUUACACUUCUACUUCAGAGGAGGAGUAUGGCUCAAAUCACAGCUCCCCUAAACACAAACGCUCCCAUACUUCAACAGCCACGCAGACGCCUCGGCCACACAGUUCUGGGCUGAGCCGGCAGAAGCACAGCGGGAGAGAAACGGAUGAUGACGAAGACUACGAUGAACCUGACCCCUUCAACUUCAGCGCACAAACGGCCGAGAUAGCCGAGAUAGCCAGAUUAAGCCAAACCUUGGUGAAAGAUGUAGCCAUCCUUGCUCGAGAGAUUCAUGAUGUUGCAGGCGAUGGGGAUUCCCAGAGUUCGUCAGGAACCGGACCAAGCACCUCCCUCAGCUCCGUACCCAACACCCCUGCUUCUACCAUAUCAGCAAGGGAAGAGAUUGCUCGUACAUCUUUACGACCGGCAUAUCCAUCUCAGUUGGUGCAGCACAUUCCAGAAGCAAGUCUGAACUACCAGAAGGUGCCUCCCGGGUCAACAGGAUUCAAGGAUUUUGAUCAAAAUAUGAACGACAAUAGAGAAGAGGAUCUCUCGAGAAAAACGAGGGCAAGAAACCGAGAGGAGGUCAUCUUUGACAACCUGAUGUUAAACCCAGUGUCUCAGUUAUCCCAUGCGAUCCGUGAAAAUACAGAAAACCUGGCUGAAAAAAUGAAAAUUGUGUUUCAGAACACCGAGAGGACCUGGGAGGAGAUGGAGGCCAAAAUUAACUCGGAAAACGAAGUGCCAAUCUUAAAGACCUCAAACAAGGAAAUCAGCUCUAUCCUAAAGGAGCUACGAAGAGUUCAGAAACAGCUGGAAGUUAUAAAUGCUAUCAUUGACCCCAGUGGGAACUUGGAUGUAGUUGCUACUAACAAAGCGUCCUCUGCUGCUACACAGUCUACAACCACUAAAGUCAGGACUACUAACCAUUCUGGCUCCACGUUGGAGAUUUUGUCACCAGUACAGAUGAGAAAUUACAUCCAGAAAUCGAACUGUGGAUCUUCUAGCCUACAAGAUGCUAAUUUCAUUCCAGAUGGAGAGAAAUACGUGAUCUGAUACAAUAUUUUAUAUUGCUAUCAUACUGUCAUUUACUGUGGCGUUAGUUUUGUGUCCGAGUGGCUGUGAACAGUUCGUAUGGAGCAGUUGUUUAGAUUGCUAACACAUUACACACGCACACACACAAAUACACAAAAAACUGUGCUGUGUGGAUGAAUGGCAAGUCUGUGUAUGCCUUUUGAACAAGACUAGCACUGUGGAGCAGCACAUAUUCAGCAUAGAGGCAAACUCUGAUUUUUACAAUACAACUCACUUAAAUUCUUCCAAUGUGCCAUAAGAAACAGGCUUUGCAUAUCCUCCAUUUGCUACUGCCGAAGCUCUAAAGUGUUCUGGGAUUAGCCUGUUUAUAAUGCUCAGUUACUGGUAGUUCAGUUGUAACAAGGCUCUGUUUAAAAAAGAAGUGGUCUUUUUUUUUGAUUGGCGCUACAUUUUGGACUGAUGUUAAAAAUAAAGCAUUACAGUUCUGUUGGAAUCAGCUUGCAUACCUAGCAGUAUAAUGGUGCAGUACAGUGGGUUUCUAUAAGGAACUCUGUUUUGGUUGUAUGAAAAUAGUUUUCAGUGUUCGGGGG